AAAAAACCCUGAGCUGAGUAAGUACUCAAGAAUUGAAAUUCAUAGCUUUCCAGUAUGAGGAAACCUGCAGACGAGCAUCAUUUCACCAUGGAGACCUCAGGGAUGCACCUGGUCGGAUUUUGGCUGCAUGUCCUGCUGCUGUUUCAACUUUCUGGGCUCGGAGAUUCAGCUUCUAAGGAUAUAGUGUGUGAGCCCAUCACUGUACCCAUGUGCAAAGGAAUCGGAUACAACCACACGUACAUGCCCAACCAGUUCAAUCACGACAACCAGGAUGAAGUCGGCUUAGAAGUGCACCAGUUUUGGCCGCUUGUUCGAAUUCACUGCUCCCCAGACUUGCUUUUCUUUCUGUGCAGUAUGUACACCCCCAUCUGCCUUCAGGACUACAAAAAGCCCCUGCCACCGUGCAGGUCUGUGUGUGAGAGAGCGAAGAGGGGUUGCUCCCCCCUCAUGAUCCAGUAUGGGUUUGAGUGGCCAGAGCGGAUGAGUUGUGAGCAGCUGCCUAUGCUGGGUGACACCGAUCGGCUUUGCAUGGACAGAAACAGCAGUGAAACCACAACUCUAUCACCUCCAUUCCCCAAACCCACUCCCAAGGGAACGCCACGUCACAGAGCCACUGCAAAAUCUGCUCCCCCACAAAAAUGUGAUCGGGAAUGUCAUUGCCGGGGCCCUCUGGUGCCCAUUAAAAAAGAAGCACAUCCUCUUCAUAACCGUGUGAAUACUGGCUCUCUACCUAACUGUGCACUGCCUUGCCACCAACCCUACUUUUCCCAGGAUGAGCGCACCUUCACCACCUUCUGGAUAGGGCUAUGGUCGGUGCUUUGCUUUGUGUCGACGUUCACCACGGUGGCCACUUUCCUCAUCGACAUGGAGCGCUUCAAAUAUCCAGAGCGGCCGAUUAUCUUCCUGGCUGCUUGUUAUCUGUUUGUGUCACUGGGGUACAUUGUGCGACUGCUUGCAGGCCAUGAGCGGGUGGCUUGCGAGGGCACUGGUGACCAGCAGCACAUUCUCUACGACACCACAGGUCCUGCCCUGUGCACGCUGGUUUUUCUGCUCAUUUACUUCUUCGGAAUGGCCAGCUCCAUCUGGUGGGUGGUGCUCUCCUUCACCUGGUUUCUUGCGGCGGGGAUGAAAUGGGGGAAUGAAGCCAUCGCAGGCUACUCUCAAUACUUCCACCUUGCGGCUUGGCUCGUCCCUAGUGUGAAGUCUAUCGCAGUCCUGGCCUUGAGCUCAGUUGAUGGAGACCCUGUGGCUGGGAUCUGUUACGUGGGCAACCAGAGCUUGGAGGGCCUACGAGGCUUUGUGUUGGCACCACUGGUCGUCUACCUCUUCACUGGCUCGCUCUUCCUCCUGGCUGGCUUCGUUUCACUCUUCCGCAUACGUAGUGUCAUUAAACAGGGUGGCACUAAGACGGACAAGCUAGAGAAGUUAAUGAUCCGUAUUGGGCUCUUCACCGUUCUGUACACUGUACCUGCCACUAUUGUGGUGGCGUGCUUGGUGUAUGAGCAACAUUACAGGCCAAGUUGGGAGCGUGCGCUGGCUUGUUCUUGCCCAUCUGAGCGCCAGAGACUAGGCAUGGGUCCGGACUACGCCGUCUUCAUGCUCAAAUACUUCAUGUGUCUUGUUGUAGGCAUUACCUCAGGUGUUUGGAUCUGGUCAGGGAAGACUUUAGAGUCCUGGAGGCGCUUUAUUGCACGGUACGUCCCAUGUAGGACCCGGAAGCCACCUGUUUCAGCCUCAUCCAUGUACAGUGAGGCAAGCACAGCUCUCACAGCCCGAGCUGGGACAGCACCCACUGGGACCUAUCACAAAUCAGCACCCUCAUCACAUGUCUGAACAUAAUACACAUUGUAAACCUUACAGGUGUGCAGGUCAUGACUCUGAACGAGCAGGUGUCUAUUCACACCGGAUUUGAUGGAUGGCAUG